CUUUAUUAAGUCUGCACACGGUACGAGCACUCAUUUUGAACUUCAAAGUGGUUGUGAUAAGGUAUCUGUUUAUAAAAGCGGAAAAUUCGUAUUUUUUUUGUCCGUAUAGUGCUAAUAAAUAAUAAUGUAUAAAUAUAAACAAGUGUUAUUACUUUUGGUUUACACUCAAACGGUAUUCUGCUUCAACAAAUACACGAGUGGAUUGCCGAACAGUAUUAGCAGAGAAUUAUAUUCAUAUGAUGAGCCGCAAAACAAUAACGACAGAAACCUAGAACAACCAAGUUGGAUAUACAAAAAUCACGAGAAGACAAAUUUUAACUACGACACGCAGAACGAUUAUAAUGAUAGAAUAAUUUUUCCCGAUGAUAACGAACACUUCGACAAACGAAAACAAGGGAAUCCAGAGCUUGAGCGUUUUAUACGGAAAUGUAGGCGUUUGUGUCUCUUAAAGAACAAUUAUAACCCUGUCUGUGGCACUGACGAUGUUACAUAUUAUAAUCUAGAUUAUCUGAAAUGUGUCAGAGAUUGCGGAGAAAAUGUCGCAUUAAAAUAUUUGUCUGCCUGUAAUGAACAAGGAACUACAAGUAGCACGCUACCUUCUACCACUGCUUCGAGCAACACGCAUACAUGUAUGUCUCUUUGUCCCACUACAUCAGAGUAUAACCCAGUGUGUGGAACAGAUAAUAUCACAUAUAAUAAUAUUGGAAAACUGUAUUGCGCCCAGGCAUGUGGUGUAGAGGUCCAGUUACAGCGUCAUAUGCCAUGUCCAAAGAAAGAUCCUCUUGAAGAUAGAUAUUCUACCAGCGAUUCACCCAUCACAACCACGACAUUGGAUAGUCGUUAUUUCCGAUCGUGUUUGGACUCAUGCAUAACCACAUCGGAGUAUAACCCUAUAUGUGCUUCUAAUGGGAAAACUUAUUACAAUAGGGGGAAGUACCAAUGCGCUAAAGGUUGCGGUUUGGAUAUUUCAGUUAGAAGCAUAGGAGCUUGUCACCAAUUGUCAGUUCCUGAUAAGAUUCCCAGUGCAACAACAACAUCUCCGGAUAUUUCGAGUACAGCCUAUAUUGAUAAGGACUUAUUAGAACAGAUAUUCUCUAAGGAAGGUCCUAGUGAUGCACUUAUAGAUGUCCGGAGCGCCUAAUGCUUCAAUGAUAAAUGUCAAAUUCACUUACCAUUAAACAAUUGUGAUAUUUUUUUAUACUUAAGUUAUUAUUAGGUCGAAUGUCAUUAAAUGUUUAAUUAGUAAA